AUGGAUGCAACUCCCAAUAAUCCUGCACCCAGGUCGGCUGAGGAUAUGAAUGAACGGUCGGCCUUACUUCCCAGAUUUUUGGGCUCUCAUCAAGGAGCCAUCCCACAAUACUCCAAUUCUUAUGCUCUAACUCCACUCUUUUAUUGGAUUAGAAGUACUUCGUUAAGUCUGUUGAUUUUCACACUAUUUGUUCAUUUGCUACUGCUCAUAAAUCUUUUUAUUUCCAUCCCUAUUUUAAGUCACCUGUCGACAGGCUUUACACCUAUUGGAUUCACCGCCUUGUCAGCACUUUUACUGGCAAUGCAACUUACCUUUGUGUAUUCUCCCAACGCUCCUGAACGAAUCACUCAGCGUAUCAACGCCCUUCUCUUGGUUGUUGAUGUACUCAUUGUCGUUUUUAGCCCGAUUCUUCGUCACAGGGAAGGUUGGAGAGGCAUAUUUUUCGUGCUCUGGGCUUUCCUAAUGAGUCUCUGGAUUGUCUUCAGUGAUGAGAUUCUUCUUCGUCAGUACAAGGAAGAACAUCCUGAAUAUACUACGGGUUCCUAUGAGCAUUCGACUUGGUCCCCUACUACAUGGCCAUGGCGAAGAUUCGGCAACCUCACCAUUUCUAUGAUUUUUUCCAUUAUCCUUACUAUUCUAACUAUCCAUACUGUGUUGACCUUAGCUCUCCGUGCUUACGACGGUAAUCUGACCGCACCUGGCAAACUUUACACUGUAACAGAUAGUAAAGCUAAAAUUCACUUGGAGUGUUUUGGAAGUACUACUUCUCCAAACCGCUCUACUGUCUUGAUUGAAGGAGGUGAAGUGUCUGUUCACCCUUUUAAGGAAUGGAUCCUGAACCUUCAUCAUACUGCGGACAAGCCACGCAAAAAUAAUUGGAACCCAAGCCUUGUCAAUGAUCAAGUUGAUCUUAGUUUUAUUCCUCCUGAUACUCGCGUUUGCGUUUGGGAUCGUCCAGGUAUGGGCUGGUCUGAUAAUAUUGGAUCUCCCUCUUCCAUCGGCAUGGUUGAGGAUCUGCUUAGCGAGGCUCUUGCGCAAGCGGAUGUGCAUGGCCCUUAUGUAUUAGUUGGACAUGGUAUUGGAGGUUCCUAUUCUAACAUUUUUGCUGCUCGUCACAUCGGAGAAGUGAAAGGCAUGUUACUGAUUGAUUCUGGAUCAGUCCAAUCCUUGCAGCGAUCUGGUGGCUUCAGUAAUCGUUUUCUCUUAUUUGUUCGAGGAUGGCUUUCACCUUUAGGUAUAAAUCGUUUGUUUGGAACCGUUUUCUUAGGACGAAAUAGAAAAGAUCGUGUUUAUGGAUCUUAUUCAUGGACGUCCGAUCGAUGGGUAAAAGCUAAGCUGGAAGAGUCAAUCACAGGACCCACAUUUUCGAAAUCAGAAUUACGUUCCGCACAAGCUGUUCUACCUAAGAAAUUACCAGUUAGCAUUAUCACUUCCGGAAAUAGCUUGAAAAAUGUGAAGAGAUGGUCAGAAGAGCAGAGGGAAUUAAGUAAGCUCACUGACAAUACAAUCUGGGAGAUUGUUAAUGAUGCUCCACAUGAAGUUUGGAAGACUGCAGAAGGUGCUAAGGUUAUACUUAAACGCCUAGCUGAACUUUAUAGUGGGAGAUAA